AUGAACCCCAGUCCAGCCUCCGCACUGAAUCCUUUCUCAACUCCCUCCUCCAUUCCCACGGCCUUUUCGUCUGCAAACUCUCUGCCUCCGUCCCCGCGAGGCGCGCGUGCCCCGCGCGUCCGGUCGUCUCGUCGGCUCACACCCCAGACCAUAUCCUCUCAGUCUUCGGAACGCCUUUCUUCUGCCUUUGUUGCGUCCGGAAGUCCUGCGAGUUUGGCGCACCCUGCCUCCAGCCCCUCGUCUCGCCCCGAACAAAGUGCUUCACCGAGUGCGCCGGCGUCUCCGACACCGGCUCCCUCCACGGCCCGCCUCGCGGCCGUGCAUCUUCCGCAGGCUCCACAAGCCGGCGACCUGUCGGAUUUCUCUGCCGCGUUCUCUUCGGGCGACGCGACCGGGGCUUCCCGCUUCGCCUCUGACAGAGUGGCAACUUCCACGGCUGUGGCGGCAGGAAAAGGGGCGGGGGAAACGGGGAGUUUCAGUCCGACAGAGCGCGACUGUCUCUCUCCGCAGCAGCAGCACCGGGAACUGGUUUCGCCCUACGUCGGGCAGAUGCUUCUGGAAGACAUGCUGACAGGGAGAAUGGUAGAGGACGCAUGCGCGCGGCUCUACUACAUGGGCAAAACUGCCGGGUUCGUGCACCUGUACACCGGCCAGGAAGCAGUGAGCUCGGGAGUGAUUAAACUUUUGCGCCCCGACGACGCCGUCGUCUCGACGUACCGCGAUCACGUGCAUGCAACGAGCAAGGGCGUGCCUGUCCGAGAGGUCAUGGCCGAACUGUUUGGAAAGGCUACUGGCUGCAGCAAAGGACGCGGCGGCAGCAUGCAUAUGUUCUCGAAAGAGCACAACAUGAUCGGCGGCUUCGCCUUCAUUGGCGAGCAAAUUCCAGUCGCGCUUGGAUACGCCUUCAGCGCAGCCUAUCGGAGAUUCGCCAUGGGCGACAAGAGCGACCCUAAGGCAGACCAGGUUGCUGUGUGUUUCCUGGGAGACGGCACGACGAACAUGGGCCAGUUGUACGAGGCGCUGAAUAUCGCUGCUCUGUCCAAACUCCCCAUCAUCUUUGUUGUCGAGAAUAACAACUGGGCUAUUGGAAUGGCGGCGCAGAGAAGCACGGCCAUUCCCGCGGUUUGGCAGCGCGCAGAAUCCUUCGGCGUUGCGGGCGUCGAGGUGGACGGCAUGGAUGUCUUGGCUGUGCGUGGCGCAGCUCGCCGCGCAAUUGAUCGGGCGCGGCGCGGAGAAGGCCCGACUCUCAUUGAGGCUCUCACAUACCGGUUUAGAGGACACUCCGUGGCAGAUCCAGAUGAAAUGAGGGCAGUCAAGCAGAAGGAAGCCUGGGUUGUUCGGGAUCCCAUCAAGUCGUUCGAAGAGGAGCUCAAACGCCUCGGUUACGCAAACGACGAGACUAUUGCAGCGACGCGGACCAAAGUCAAGGCUCUGGUGGACGACGCCGUGAAGUUUGCAGAAACGAGUCCAGAUCCAGAUGUACAAGAAUGCGGUCAAUUUAUCUUUGCUCCACCCUAUGCGGACGCGGGGAAGCCUGAGCCGUUAACGAAAGAGCAGCUUCAUGAGUAUGCUGUAGCACUCAAGCAGGAACUCGACGCAAAAGCACGUGUGAAAGCCGGGGAUAAAACACCCCAGCCUUCUGUGCUACAGAGUGAUAACCCGCCGAUUGUGAUUGAUUGA